AUGGUUAGUAAAUUAUCACAAGUUGCUCAAACUGCUAAAUUAGCUUCAUCUUUAGUUCAAAGACAAAACUUAGCAAAAGCUGGUUUACAAUCCGCUUUUAUCAAUAACAGAUUAAACUCAACUAAAGCUGAACCAACCAAAUUAACCGUUCGUGAUGCCAUCAAUUCCGCUUUAGCUGAAGAAUUGGAUCGUGAUGAUGAAGUAUUCAUCAUGGGUGAAGAAGUUGCUCAAUAUCAAGGUGCUUAUAAAAUCACUAGAGGUUUAUUAGAUAGAUUUGGUGAAAAAAGAGUUGUUGAUACUCCAAUCACUGAAAUGGGGUUCACAGGUUUAGCUGUAGGUGCUGCUUUAGCAGGUUUGAAACCUGUUGUGGAAUUUAUGACUUUUAAUUUUGCAAUGCAAUCAAUUGAUCAAAUCAUUAACUCUGCUGCUAAAACUUAUUACAUGUCUGGUGGUAUCCAACCUUGUAACAUCACCUUCAGAGGUCCAAAUGGUGCUGCUGCUGGUGUUGCCGCUCAACAUUCUCAAGAUUAUUCUGCUUGGUAUGGUUCAAUCCCAGGUUUGAAAGUUGUUUCUCCAUAUUCCGCUGAAGAUCAUAGAGGUUUAGUUAAAGCUGCCAUUAGAGAUCCAAAUCCAACUAUUAUCUUGGAAAAUGAAAUGCUUUACGGUGAAGCUUUUGAAGUUAGUGAAGAAGUUCUAAGUCCUGAUUUCGUUUUACCAAUUGGUAAAGCUAAAAUUGAAAGAGAAGGUUCUGAUAUUUCAAUUGUUACUCAUACAAGAAACGUUGGUUAUGCUUUAGAAACCGCAAAGACUUUACAAGAAGAAUAUGGUGUUAGUGCUGAAGUUAUCAACUUAAGAUCUAUUAAACCUUUAGAUGUCCCAACCAUUGUUGAAUCUGUUAAAAAAACUAACCAUUUAAUCACUGUUGAAGCUGGGUUCCCAGCUUUCGGUGUUGGUUCUGAAAUCUGUGCUCAAAUCAUGGAAAGUGAAGCUUUUGAUUACUUAGAUGCUCCAGUUGAAAGAGUUACAGGUGCUGAAGUACCAACUCCAUAUGCUAAAGAAUUGGAAGAUUUCGCAUUCCCAGAUCCUCCAACCAUCUUGAGAGCUGCUAGAAAAGUUUUGUCUUUAUAA